GAGACGAAGGAUUAUGCAUCAACGUGCUUUGCUCGCAAAUUCACGAUCGCUUUCCUUUGCCGUAACUCAGAUUCUCUCAAUUUCUUCAGAUCGACUCAACUGUUCAUCAAAAUCUCAGUUUUCAAAAUUAACAAUCAAAAUCUACAAAUGAAGGACGAUGAAUCGAUACCGGUAUCAACACCGACGACGGCGUAUUCAUCGUUGAAUACAAAUUCAAUACCUUCGAGAUCAUUACAUGAUGCUACAUUGUUCGGAAGAGGUCGGUAUAAGUAUUGGGCAUUGGCUGCUAUUCUUUUCUUAGCAUUUUGGUCAAUGUUUACAGGUACUGUUUCACUCCGAUGGUCCGCCGGAAACCUUAAUAGUCUCUCCGAUCUCUUCGAUAUUCCGAAAUCAGAUGAUCUCGACGUCCUCGAAAUGGAAGACAGGGAGAAGUUGGUGAAUCAUAUGUGGGAUGUGUACACUAAUAGUCCUCGGAUCAGGAUGCUUAAGUUUUGGCAGGAGGCGUUUGAGGCGGCCUAUGAGGAGUUAAACAGUGACGUUGCUGAAGUUCGAGAGGCUGCUAUCUCCGAGAUAUCUAAGAUGUCUAUCCAAUUUGUUAAUAUUGAUCUGCCACCUUUGCGUUCGAUGGCAGUAAGAAAAUUAAGUCAAAAACAAGCUGAGAACAAACAGAGGACCGCAGCAGGAAGUAAGUUAUGACUAGAAGAACAUCAAGGGUCCAAAUUUGCACGUUUCCACUUAUUUAUACAAGAGAAAUGAAAACGCACACCAACCUGCUCCCUGGUAUUUGACUAAAGGGGUAUCUGGGUAAAGAUUGCGCACAUUUUUGCAGCAGGGAUAAGCAUUUCUAACUUUUUGUUACCUGUACCUCUUUUUUCUCCUUCGAUUUUUCAUCUCUCUAGACUCUAUUGAAAAAAAAUCAUAUGGGUGCAGAGUUCAAGAAAAUCGUUAAUUAAUUGCUUCGUGCUAAGAGAUUGGAAUUACACUAUUACAGUUGAGAUACCAAUUAUACAAAGUUGCACGGGAAUAUAAAGAUUAUAUUCAUGAGUUCUCAUGGUAAACUUUGUUUUUGGUAGUCUCUCAAGUGAUUUUAUGCAGCAUUCAGCCCUGUUUGCAUAAAAAUUUGCAACUCUACUUACUUCGAAACAACUUCAGGCACCGCAUGUCUGAAAUUAGUCUUAUUAGACAAUAUGUCUGAAAGUUUUUAUAUGACAUGAGAUCUGAAUGUAUGGUGAUCUUUUGAUUGCUAACUAAGAUACGACCUAGAGUUUGCUAGAAGAACAUUUCUAUUCUUUUCAGGAUUUUAGAAUAGAUUUGGUGCUUGCUUGAAUGUUAUUAUUGGUGAUUAGUAUUUUCA